AUGGUGGGUGAUCAGUCUACUUCUUUACCUGAGUUUUUCGACAGUGCUACUUCUGCCGAGCAGUUUGGUGAAACCAAAUUCUUGUCGGCCGGAGUGGCGUCUCCUGACGACAUCUUCAGUAUUCUUGAGGCGUUAGAGGGUGUUUCUGAUGAAUUCACGGCCUUGACACCUUUGGAUGAUCAUGGUGUCGAAGAGGGUGCUGUGCAUAAUCAUUUACUAUCCCAAAAGUCAACUUCUUUGAGUGCUGUAGAAGAACUCGUGGAGGCGGAGCUUGAGGCGUUUUCACCUAAAAAUAAGAGACAUAAGGUGUCGUCGUCAGUGGAAGAAGGCUGUGAAAACUCAGAUGGACAGUUGAAGAUGUCACAUGUGACCGUGGAGAGGAACCGGAGGAAGCAGAUGAACGAGCACUUAACCGUUCUUCGGUCACUCAUGCCUUGCUUCUAUGUCAAAAGGGGUGAUCAAGCAUCAAUAAUUGGAGGGGUAGUUGAUUACAUUACUGAAUUGCAACAAGUGCUUCAGUCUCUAGAGGCGAAGAAGCAAAGAAAAGUUUACAGUGAUGUCUUGAGCCCAAGGCUUAUUUCAAGCCCCAGAACCCUACCUCUGAGCCCUCGAAAACCGCCUUUGAGUCCGAGGCCAAGCUUGCCAAUAAGCCCCAGAACCCCACAGUCAGCAAGCCCCUAUAGGCACAGAUUACCUUCUUACUUACUAUCUCCAUCAUCCAUGGCUAAUACCACACCAGCUUCACCUUGUAACUCUUCCUCAAAUUCUGACACCAUUAACGAACUUGUUGCAAAUUCAAAGUCAUGUAUUGCUGAUGUUGAGGUGAAGUUCUCAGGCUCUAAUCUUCUUCUAAAGACUCUCUCACCUCGGUUACCAGGCCAAGCAACAAAGAUAAUCUCGGUUCUUGAAGACCUAUCUCUUGAAAUCCUACAGGCUACAAUCAACACUAUUGAUGAAACACUCGUCAACUCCUUUACCAUCAAGAUUGGAAUUGAAUGCAAACUAAGUGCAGAGGACCUCGCCCAACACAUUCAGCACACUUUUUGCUAG